CCGGAGCCACCUGUCCGGUUGUCGGAUGAUUCGGUAUUGACAUCUUCGCCCCCGCCGCGGCCGAUGAUUACGGACUCGCACAUUAUGCGCCUUGUGACGGAUGGUCGAAUGGAAAUGUUCCCCGCAGUCCCGCCGCCUUCGGCUGACGGAAACGGCGUUGUGAUGCUCUCAUGCUACCAACGUGGACCGCUGUUACCGCCAACGCCACCGCGACCAUCUUCGGGUAGAAAUGAUCGCAUCAUGUGGGAUUCCUGGCAGACACGCCCAGUGCCGCAGUAUCGCGGCAAUCCGGAAACAAAAACGCAGCGAGGGGUGGCGGACUGGCAACAUGUGCCUUUCGCGUGCCCUUUUCUGCGUCCUGUUGUCACUGAUGUCGAUCGUGCUGUGCGGGGUGGCAAUGCGACGCGUUGGUUGCCUACACCUUUUGUCGGUCCGCAGGUCUUUACGGUGAAAGACAAAAGCGCCGGCGGUGUUCUUGUGGAGCAGAAAGAAGCCCCAUCGUCCAGUACAUCAUGA